CUGCGGUACUACAUGUAAAGCUGAGCAGCUGGUUAUGCAGCAUCUUUCCCAGACUACUUCGCCGGCAUCGACAAGUUCUGUCCUGUGACUUGCCACCUAGCGUGUGCUCAUCGGCUUCGACACGAAGAUCUACCCAGUGUCUGUCCUGCGAGCGCGGAGCCCAGUUCUAUGGCAACUUCUGUCAGUUUCGGCCAGUCUCCUGGGAAGACCAAUUUCGUCCAUGUUGAUGUGCAUCCUGGCGGCAUUGCAUUGGUUACCGUAGCCAAGGAGCCGGUGAACUCCAUGGAUCUGGCGAUGUGGGCGCGUCUCGACCAGGUCCUGAUGGAGCUCGAGACGAAUCCCGCCGUCAACGCUGUGAUAUUCGCUUCGGGCCUAAAGCGUGAUGUGUUCUCUGCCGGCAAUGAUUUGAUGGAACUGUACGCACCCAAGACGACGUCUGAGCGCUACGCAAGAUUUUGGACCACACAGAAUGCCUUUCUCGUGCGUUUAUAUCGAUCCCGGCUUGUAACGAUAGCUGCGAUUCGCGGUGCAUGUCCUGCAGGUGGAUGUGCCAUAUCCUUGUGCAGCGACGUGCGUCUCAUAACACCUGAAGGCGUGAUGGGCUUAAACGAGGUGCAGCUGGGCAUUCCAGUCCCCAAGUUUUGGGGUCUUUUGAUGGGCCGGGUGAUCGGGCCCAAGGUCGCGGAGAGCGUGUUACUGUCUGGGAGGAUGGUGCCCGCGGCUGAGGCGAAGCAGUUAGGUCUCGUGGAUAGUGUCGUGCCGGCUGAUAGGUUGAUCGAGGAUGCACUCGUCGCCGCACGCCAAGCAUGCAAAGCGCCUUCUGCCGCACGUGCGGCAACAAAGGCGUUGCUCCGAGAGGAAUUCUGCAAGGCGUGGGAAGGUUUUUAUCCCACGGAGCAUGAAUAUGGUUGGAAGUAUUUGAGCAGUCCCUCCACGAUUGCUGUUCUGGAGGGUGCGAUGAAACGCCUUUCAUCUAAAGCCGCUCCUAAGCAGGAGGUGGCCUCAAAACUCUAGUCUUGUGCUGUACUUUGUGCUUAUGUACGCUGUAUUUUUUUCAACUGCAGUGACUUGUAUAAUAAUAUGCCCGUCAAAUUUCUGGGGAUUUUUGCUGUGUCAAUAUUAUAAUUGACAUUUUUUUCCUUGGCUGCAUUAUGAACAUCUCAGAUGCAAGUCCAAAUCAUUGAGCUGAGCUAAUUGGUCGGCUCGUUACGCGUACUCGUUUGAUCGUCAUCGUUAUAUGAAAGUAGCAUUCUGCCUCUAAUGUUGUUGCGGGAAUUGUGGGAAGUAGACACACGUUGUCAAUAUAUAAACUUCUGGUGAAUUACCGUUAUACGGGUACCAAUGUAACAUGACUGCAAAGCCUACUCAAUGAAUGUAACAAGGGAUAGAGU